AUGAGGGCAUCUUUCGUCUGCCGGUCUUGCCACCGGCGGCUUCAGUCUGCCCCCGCGAGGCCAGCUGGCCUCCCCUUGAAUCGUACCGGGGGGUUGGCCCAGCUUGUUGCCGGCCACCGCAGCAUCGCCACCACCGCAACGCCUGGCGACCACAACAAUACCCGAGCCCCUCCCUUUUCCUUACGCAACGGUUCCGAUGUCUCGCCCCCGACCUCGCAGUCGGCCGAGGAGCAGCCUGCAGACCUGGCCCAGCUCGCUGCUGGAAGCCAGGUCAUGAAGGCGCUGACCCAGGGCGCCGCCAUACGUGGUCCCAGACAGCCUGGGAUGCCGAGAGCCAAUGCGAAGGCAUCGAGACGGUCGAAGACGUCCCCGAAGCCAGCAGACGAAGACACGAGUGAUUCUCGCAGCAAGCCAUCCGUCAAGAAGAAAGAAGCAGAGGCAUUUCGAGCAAGGGUUGAGGCGCAGAGAAAGGCACGGUACUUCCAAUGGGGCAAGAUCCGACAUCUGUACCCCGAGUCAGAGCUCCGCGAGGUCAAGAAAGUAUUCAACUCCUGGAAGAGCCUGAUAGCGCAGCUUGAGCUGAACAGGAGCCUCGACGACAAGCCGUGGAUCGAAGACGGAAAAUGGCUCUACUCGUUGAAGACGUCCCGAGAGAUGCGUGGGGCCUGGGAGAAGCUCAGUGUCGAGGAGAGGCAGACGGUGUGGCAACGCGUCAUGAUCUCGACGUUGGAUCGUCACCCUCAGGCGGCCGCCCGUGUGUUGGGUGCCACUCUGGACCCUCUGCCUCCGGGGUACGCCAUCUCAGACGUUCUCAACCUCAUCGCCAAGGGAAUGAAGAAGAACCGGAAGGAGUCGGGAUUGCAGGACCGGGUAUUCGCCGUCCUGCUCCGGAUCCUCAACGACCUGCCUCCCGGUCACAUCCCGUUUUACCAGAGGACUUGGGGCCUCUUUGCCCAAAGCUUGACGGCCGACCAGGCAGCACGCAUCCAUGAGGUCCUCAAGCAGUCUAAUGCCAUGCUGCACCCCAACACGUCACUCCAAUUCGCACGUAAACUCGCAGGAGGGGCUACGGCCAUCAAGCACAAGGGCGCGGCCCUCGAGAUCAUGACAGAGCUGGCCGACGGGGGGAUGGACCUCAACCAGCCACAGCCCGCGAGCGUCAUCACGUCGCUGCUGCACGUCGAGGCUUCCCGGCAGCCACCCGCCGAAGGGGUAGAGGACUUCUCCCCCACGAGGGCGCUCCAGACGUUCAUGGAGAAGGGCUUCCUGCCCAACGUUGUGACGUUCACAGCAUACAUGGACUCCCUCAGCCAGCGCAGGGAGGUGGCCGAGGUGGUCCGUCUCGCCCAGCUCUUCACCAGCAGCGGCCUGAAGCUGGACACCAAAGCGUACGCCACCAUCUUCCGAGGCACCAAGCACAGCUUCAACGCCGAGCACGCCAGAGACGUGCUCGGCAUGUCUCGGGGCACCAAGGUGCCGAUGGUCGACGUGCUGAACAAUGCGCUCCACGCCAUCUUCUCCUUUUCCGAGGUGGAGAUGCGCGAGAAGAAUAUGACGCCAUCCGAGGAGCUGAAGCCCUUCCUGCCCAUGCUCCAGAUCUACGCCAAGAAGUUCGACAUGGCGCCCCUACAGUCACUGAUCCCCGACUCGCUGCCCCUGCUCCUCAUGCGCCAAAGCCAGUCCGAGACCCCGUCCGACGAAGCGGCCGGUGCCGACGGCAACCGCGGCGACUGGUCCACCGGGAGGACCAUACUGCCUGUGGUGGACGACUUCGCGGCCACGACGGGACCGGAGCGCCUGCAACCCAACUCGACGACGCUGUCGACGAUGCUACGGGCCUAUAUCCGCAGUCUGUGGCGGCCGUACGACCUCAUGUCGCUUUACGCCUACUUCAAGUCGCGUCUGACGGAGCGUGAGCACCCAGAGUCUGGGGACAAGAACUACGCGGCGCAGAUCGUGCGCGACCAGCGCAGUCUGAUCCAUGACACACUCAUCCUGGCCAUGAUGCAACAGCCCGGCCUGACACGCCCUGCCCUCGACAUCUUCGGCGACAUGCUCAAGGACAACCUCGGCGGCAACGCGGCGUCGGACGGGGAAGGCGACGACGUCUCAGAGGCAGUGACAGCGACCCCGCCAGCGAUCCCGCCAGCGAUCCAUCCCGUCCCCACCAUCUUCACGUUCUGCGUCCUGAUCAACGGCCUCAUGAGGAGGGGCGAGACGGACCUCGCCGAGCAGGUCAUCCAGAUCAUGAAGGAGAAUGGCAUCGACACAAACGUCGUGACGUGGAACACGCAGAUCAAGUGGUACGCCAUCAUGCAGAACGUGCCGCGGACGGUGGGCGCCCUGCAGGGUCUCGAGGCCGCGGGCUUCAAGCCCGACGGAUACACGUUUGCGGGCUUUGGGAAACUGCGGGAUCAGAAGAGGGCGCUGCAGAUGAUGGAGAAGAUUAUCGACCUCAACAAGCAAAAGGUCGACAGCCGCGGUCCUGCCGACGGCAGCGAGUACUGGUAG